UCAGUUUAUCUUCUUCUGCAUUGGCGACUGGUGACAUUCUCUCGCGGAUCGAGGACCUUUUCCCCCAAAAAGCAGCCCCUUUCCCUGCCAAGGGGUCACGCUAACGACCCUGAACCCUUCGGCCGGAGCUCCAGGUGACAGUGAACUUGGCGGCAGGUUGCUCACCAGCAUGUCCAGCAUGGCGCGCUUUCGCAAGGUGAACCGUCCGAGCGAGGAGCUCGAUCCCACGGCGAGUGCAUCGCUGCUGAAGUCAUCCCCCAAUAUACUUGAGAACUUUGCCUACGAGGAGUUCCUGCCGCCGAACCACAUGCCCCUCCAGAGGAUGGCCACCACGCCCAGUUCCGCCUCGGCCCAGUCGAAGCCGGCGCCCAAGUUCUGUGACACCCUGGAGCGACAUGCCUUCAUGAAGUACGUGAUCAACCCUCAGCCCAAGAGCGUGCGCCGCUACUCCAGUCCGGGCGAAAAGGAGGCCCAGGUGCGACGCAGCCUGGAGGAGAUCACCAAGGAUGUGAAGGAGAUCGAACAGUUCCUGAACGCCACCGAGGAGCUGCUGCAAAAGGAGAAGCAGCAGGAGGAGCAGCAGGAGCGGGCCUUGAGCGCCAACAAGGAGAAUAAGUCGCCCAGUCCAGUUCGUCCAAUCACCUACAAGAUCAAUGCCUACAAGGCUCCUCCCCGCCGGCAUCGUCCUGGCAGUCCCAGGUUCUACCAGUCGAGGCUCUACUUCCGAAACGGUAGAAUCGGCUGUGUGGAGUCCUCGGAGAACCAGAACAAUGUGGGUGCCACCCAUGCCCUGGUCAAGCACAUCCUCCGGCAUGAGAAGCCACUAGUCAGCCCGGAUAGUGUGAGGAGGGUGCUCCAGCCGGAGACCAUCGAGAUGACUCCUCUCCCAGGAGCCGUACCGGAGAUUGUGCCGGAUCCCAUAGCCGUUCAGCGGGCCGAGGAGCUGGCAGCCGCCACAGGCCAGGUGGUCUUGGAGGACGAGGAAGAGGAGGAGGCAGUGGAGGAGACAGUGCAGCCGGUUAUCGACGAGGACGAGCAGGAUGUCCAAAUAUGCUACAACGAGUCCCCUGAGCUCCAGAACGAAGAUCGAAAUGUGCGCGCCCAGAGGACUCCGUCGAUAAAUGAGAGCGAAAUCGUGGCGGUGGAAGCUGAUCGGGAAAUUCUCGAGGGCAUGGAGGGAGAGCACCGCAAGCCCAGCAGUGCCGGUAGCUUGGACUCCCAGGGUCAGCAGUUCCUGCGCGACCAGGUGCGCCACCUGGUCCGCCGCUUCACAGCCCGGGCUAACAAGGUCAAGUCCCGGAUUGAGCUGCCACCCACUCCCUCGUCCAGCAGCACAGCCAGCUCGCCAACUCCGCCACCCACCAAGAGCCUGCAUCCUUCGCCGGAGCACAAGGUGCGUCUGGUGCCGGCGGGUCAGUCCCCGCAUCGCGGCCGACUCUUUGUGGCGGACACUCCGCGAUCCAAUGUCUGGCUCAGCUUGUGCGGCGCCAACAACGACGAGAGGACCCUGGAUCCGCAGGGAAAGAUCUACAUCUCGUGGCUGUGUGUGGUGUCCCUAUCGUUCCUCUACAAUGCCUGGGUUAUUCCGCUACGCGCCUCCUUCCCCUUCCAGACCGAGGCGAACACCAACAUCUGGCUGGCCUGCGAUUUCUGUGCCGAUAUCAUUUAUCUCUUGGACGUGGUGUUCUUCAAGCACCGGGUCAUGUAUCUCUUCGAGGGAUUCUGGGUGAAGAACAAGAAUCUGACCAGGAAGAACUACAUGAGAAAGCUUCAGUUCAAGCUGGAUUUGUUGGCGCUCCUCCCGCUGGAACUGUUCUAUCUGAAACUGGGAACCAACGCGGUGUGGCUCCGUUUUCCACGUUUCUUCAAGAUCCAAAGCUUCUGGGAAGUGUUCCGUCUCCUGGAUCGUGUUAUAUCUUCGCCACAUUUCGUGCGAGUGGCCAAAACCCUGACCUACAUGCUGUACAUGAUCCACAUCACAGCCGCCCUCUACUAUGCCUACAGUGACUACCAGGGACUGGGCAAGAACCGCUGGGUCUUCAGUGGCAAGGGACAUCCUUAUGUUCGGUGCUUCGCCUUCGCCACCAAAACGGCCACCUCCAUAGGGAAGAAUCCGAAGCCGGAGCGACUGGGAGAGUACGUCUUCAUGACUGUGGCCUGGCUGAUGGGGGUUUUUGUCUUCGCCUUGCUGAUCGGACAGAUCCGGGACAUCAUCUCCACGGCCACGCGAAAUAAGCAUGAGUACCGCCAGCUGGAGGACGAGACCUUGGAGUACAUGAGACGCCUCAAUCUCUCCCAGGAGGUGCAGUCCAGGGUGAAGAUGUGGUUUCAGUUUACCUGGGAGCAGCAGAGAACUUUGGAUGAAUCGAACAUCCUGGAUGCUUUACCCAUAAACCUAAAAACCGACAUCGCCAUCUCCGUGCACAUCCAAACCCUCUCCAAGGUCCAACUCUUUGCUGAUUGCGAGGAGGCUUUGCUCCGGGAUCUGGUCCUGAAACUGAGAGCCGUCACCUUCCUUCCCGGAGACUUUGUUUGCCGGAAAGGAGAGGUGGGACGAGAGAUGUACAUCGUGAAGCUGGGCCAAGUGCAGGUAAUGGGUGGCCCCGGCAGCGACGUGGUUCUAGCCACUCUCACCGAAGGCUCUGUUUUCGGGGAAAUCAGUCUGCUGGGCAUUAAUGGAGCCGAUCGCCGGACCGCGGAUGUACGUUCCAAGGGCUACUCCAACCUGUUCGUACUGUCCAAGUCCGACUUGAACGAGGUCAUCGCCUACUAUCCCAACGCCCAGGCCAUUCUGAAGAAGAGGGCGCGUCAGCUCAUGAGAAAGAAUGCGGCUAGGGAGCGGGAGGAGGAACGAGAGCGCGCACGCAGUGCCCUUCAGGCGGAUGUGGUGAUUGGGAAUCCCAAGACCCCGGAGACCCCACCGAAGUUGCUACAGACGGUCAUUCAGGCGCUUCCCUAUGAAUCACCCGCCGUGGUGCUCAUUACCCGUGGUUCCAAGCGUUUGCGGCGCAAGCGUCAGUCCCUUCAGAUGGAGACCAUUGUGGAGCCCAAGAUGGAAGUCAGUGGCGUCGCUGAGUCGACCCAGGAGCAACGGAAUUUGAAGCCUGGACGAUGUUCGCCCGACUUACUCUCCUCCAUCCAACAGGAGCUGAAGUCCAAGCACAAGUUCAUCAACCUCACGGACUCCGAGAAGGCUUUGAUCAGCCAGUCGGCCAACAAUUCGCUGGAGGACAUGCAGGUGGUGGAUCUCUAAGAUUAUAUAGCCAAUUCAAACGCAUUUUUAUCUAAGUGUUGUAACAAAAAGUAUUCUGCGAUAUAUAAACUCUGUGUGCGUAACAA